AUGGCGCUCCUCUCCUGCUUCCACUCGCUGAGAAACGUUUCGCAGUUGUGUCGCGUUCGUCUUUUCUUUCCGCGGACCUCGCGACUCGUUCCGCUUAUUCUCCUCUCAGUUCUCGCUCUGUCGUCAAUCUCGAGGGUCUCCUGUACUACAUCAACCGCCGACGAGGACAGUUCAUCCCGCGCCUCGAAAGCUGCAUAUCAAGAUCCUGACCGUUCAAAAUAUUUCUCAAAUUCAACAGGAGACGAUGAUGCUUCGCGCGUGUGCCGCGAGUUGGUGGAGCCGAAUGGCUUCACGUGCGAGGAUCACCGUGUGGUAACACGGGAUGGCUUCGUUUUAGGCCUCCAGCGUGUGACAAGUCGCCAGUUGGACGCGAGUGGAGCUGUUUUUGAUGUGAAUAAAACGAGCGGGGGAAAUGGGAGGGUCGUUUCUCGAGGUCCGGUGCUGAUACAGCACGGGCUGUUUCUGGGAGCCGAGAGCUGGGUUGUGGGCCCUCCUGGCAUCUCCCUGCCGUUCCUGCUUGCGAGGCUCGGCUUCGAGGUGUGGCUCGGCAACAGCAGGUGUGGGCCGUGGAGCUACGGACACACGAGGUGGCAGCCAAAGGAUAAGGAGUACUGGGAGUGGACGUGGGCGGACAUGGCACGCCAUGACCUGCCAGCGCAGAUCGACUACAUCCUGGCAGCCUCUCACACGGGAGCGAGGCAGGUGUUCUACGUGGGGCACUCGCAGGGCACGCUCACCUUCCUCUCCGCCCUCACUGCCGGCUACCUCCCACCUGCUACCGUCGCUGCUGCCUUCUUGCUCGCCCCUGUCACCUCCCUCGCACACCUCUCUUCACCCAUCGCUCACGAGGCAGCCAAGCUUGAUUUAGACCGGCUGGUGAGGGCAACGCGCCUUCACGAGUUCAGCCUGCGCAAUGCGUUGGGCGAGCUAGUGGUGGCCACUGCCUGUGCCUCUCCUCGCAUCAACUGCUCCUCCCUGCUCUCCGCAUUCACAGGUCCCAACUGCUGCAUUGACAUCCGGCACUUUGCCAAGCUGGUUCCCUGGUUCCCUCUCGCGUCCUCUGUCAAGAACAUGGCUCAUUUCGGCCAGAUGGUUCGCUCGGGAGAGUGGAAGCAGUUUGACUACGGAUUCAUUAAGAACUGGCUGCGAUACUGUCAAAGCACACCGCCAUUCUUCCGUGCCUCGGAUUUGCCCUCUACUACACGGCUCGCUAUAGCGUAUGGUGGUAGAGACUCCCUUGCAGUGCCUGCUGACGUGGAAUGGCUCAUUUCCAAGCUGGCACGACGACCCGAGGUGCUUUACAUGCCAGCUUAUGCACACCUGGAUUUCCUGUUCGCCACUCCGGUUGUUACAGACGUGUACACUCAAAUUGUGAGAUUCUUUACAGAGUAUCAGCUGGACAGAGCAUAUGAAUAA